AGCAUGAAUGGCUGUGGAGCAGCUUAAGAAAGGUGACGGGGCCCCAGCGCAGAGUCCCCUACACCGCCCUUCUUGUCCCCAGCUCCUGCCGGCCCUGGGACAUCCUGCUGCCCGCUGGAUGUGCUUCGUGCCGUCCCACUACCCAGCCAAGUACCUGUGUCCCCUGCGUACCCCUGUGCCCGGGGCUGCUCCAGUCCUCCGGGCUUCGCCCUGCCCGAGGAGGGACCGGGGUCCGGGCAGGGAUGCCCAUGGCUAGGAGUGACUGGACAGUGCCCAUGGAGCACGCCAGGGGUGGCCUGGAGGGAACAGCGAGCAGAUGGCAGGGCGGGCCGAGCUGACAAUCCCCUAAUCCCAUCAACGCCGCGGGGGCUGAGCAGAGCCGAGCUGGGCCAUGGCGGGCACACGGGCACACGGGCAUCUCCUGCACCCGCUGCUCUUCCAGGUCUGCUGCGGUUGUCACGGGCUCCGUGUGUCCACGAGCACGCGUAUCCUUUACACGCUCCUGCAUGUCCUGGCCUCUGCCGUGUGCUGCCUCAUGCUGUCCCGCACUGUGGCCCAGGCUAUCACGGAGAAGGUGCCCUUCUCAGUGGUGCUGUGCCAACACCUGCCAGGGGGCACAGACUGUGAGCAGCUGGUGGGUUCCUCGGCCGUGUAUCGGGUCUGUUUUGGUACUGCCUGCUUCCACCUGGCACAGGCUGCCCUGCUGCUCAACGUGCGCUCCAGCUCCGACUGCCGUGCGCAGCUCCACAAUGGGUUCUGGCUCCUGAAGCUGCUGGUGCUGGUGGGCCUCUGGGCCGCCAGCUUCUUCAUCCCUGAGGACAACUUCAUCCGAGGUGUGUCCCCCACCAUGUCUGAACUGGCACUGUGGGCACCCCUUUUGGCCCCCACCUGCCCUAUGCUAUCUCUGCCUCUGUCCUCUUCCCCCAGCCUGGCACUACAUAGGUGUCUGUGGGGGCUUUGCCUUCAUCCUCAUCCAGCUGGUGUUGAUCACAGCCUUUGCGCACACCUGGAACAAGAACUGGUGAGUGUUGGGGUGCUGGGUGGGUACUUGCCCACUGCCACUGCUUAUCCACUCUUCCACAGGCUGACAGGUGCUGCACAGGACAAGCGCUGGUAUCUGGCCGUGCUGCUAGCCACGGCCACCUUCUACACCCUUGCCUCUGCCGCCUUCUCCUUCCUCUACAAGUUCUACACCCACCCAGCCGCCUGCCACCUCAACAAAGCAUUGCUUGCCAUCAAUGGCAGCCUCUGUGGCAUCAUGUCCUUCAUCUCCGUCACGCCAUGUGUGCGGCUCAAGCAGCCACGGUCGGGGCUGCUGCAGUCCUCAAUCAUCAGCUGCUAUGUGAUGUACCUAACCUUCUCCGCACUUUCCAGCCGUCCCCCGGAGAGAGUGCUGUACAAGGGGCAGAACCUCACUGUGUGCUUCCCGGGGGUUCAGCAGGAUGAGCUGCAGACUGAGGACACCACUGUCGCCGUGCUGGGCGCUGCUAUCAUGUAUGCCUGCGUGCUCUUUGCAUGCAAUGAAGCCUCAUACCUUGCUGAGAUCUUUGGACCCCUCUGGAUGGUCAAAGUCUACAGCUUUGAGUUUAAAAAACCUUCCUGUUGCUUCUGCUGCCCUGAGAAGAUGGAGGAGGAGCUGAGAGGCACCGACCAGACAUGUGAGCAAGUAGAAGAGAAUGCCAAGGGACAGUUCAUCAUCCAGGAUGAACAGGACCGGGUGGUCUACAGCUACUCAGCUUUCCACUUUGUCUUCUUCCUUGCCUCGCUCUAUGUUAUGAUGACACUCACCAACUGGUUCAGCACCGUCGCAGCAGUACAGGGCCACGCAUCGUGCGGCGCCGACGUGCUCCACAGCGCAUCAAUGUCUCCACAUAGUCCCUGCCAGGACAAACUGUGCCCAGGACUGGUCCCUGCCGUGCCCUGGCCCUGCUUAGUCAUCCUGGCCUCCUCUCACCCCCUGUCCCAGGAGACAGCAGCAUCCAAGAGCUGAGGGGAACAUGGGAGGUGGAUGCACCCAGGGAUACUGGCCCUGUGCUGAGCCAGGGCCACCCAAAGGGCCAGAGCAAGCUGGUGGCAGGUGCUCAGCCCACAGCCUGGUUGCCCUGGCCCCACUGAGUGCACUGGGGGAGCAGGGCUCUGCCAUGGCAGCCACUGCUGUGGUGCAUUCACUGUAAAUACCCCCUUAAAUACAUUUUUAUAUAAAACUCUGAACUGAGCCUGUGCCAGCUGCUGCCAUGGAGAUGAGGAGAGGGGGUGCCUGCAGCACCCAGGCACUGGCCACACAAGAGCCACAGCUGAGGACACCUUCAGGGUGGCUCUGCCAGAGCGGGGGACAAGCAGGGGGUGCAGAACAGGGGACAGUGCUCUGAGGCCCAGGGUUGCAGGAGGGUGUGCAGCCCAUGGCUGCUGCACCCAGGGAGGGCACACUGCCAGUGUGGCUGUAGGAUCAGAGUGGCCCUGGGCCCCCACCUACAGAGCAAUGAUGGCAGGGCAGCUCCCAGCACAGCAGCGUGGGGCUGCAGCACGCACUGUGCCCAAUGGGCCCCACACUGUGGUGAUGGCUGUGGGUGCAGGACAGACUGACACGCAUCACCAGGGUGCCCACAAGGCUGGCACAGCCUGGGCAUACAGCGAAGCAGGAGGUGAGGGAAGGGCAGCACCGUGGAUGAGUGCCGUUGGGGUCCAGCUGGUCCCAGUGCAGCAGCAAGGCAAUUGUGGGGUCUCUGAUUGGAGCAGCAGAGAUGAGGGACUGCAGUGCCCAGUGCCCUGGGGCUGCCCAUCACACCUCUCCCACCUCAGGAGAUAAGGGCACACAUGGGGGGCUCGGGGAAGGGCAGCUGUGGCACCAUCUUGGAGACAUCAACCAGGUAAUGCUGGAGUGGGGGUUCCCAGCAGCCCCCAUCACCCUGGGGCUCUCCAGUGCUCUGGGCCAUGCCGCAGUGGGGUUUCCCUGCCUCAUCCUGCCCAGAAGACUGGGCCGAGUGCAUCUCCCACAAGGCUGAAAGGGCUGGGGAGGGAACUUCAGCAGGUCUAGCAGCACAAGAGGUGGCACUGAAUGUUCCUCCUAGCAGGGGUGGACUUCCAGAUCAAGCAGCUUCUGGUGGAUGGGGAGCAAACCAUAUUACAGAUCUGGGACACAGCUGGGCAGGAGAGCUGAGAGCACAGGGCCAGGAGGCCCAGGACUGUGGCAGGGUUCCAGCAGCAGCUCCACAGCAGCCAGUCACCACACCAGCAGCAGUGACAGCCCCAGCAUUUGGUACUGGAGCAUCACCUCGACCUACUUCCACAAAGCCCACAGCGUGCUUGCUACUCCUCCACAAUAUCAGCUCCCUGAGCACCUUCCUCAGCAUCCACCAGUGGGAUUGAGGACAUCAGGGUGGGAAGGGUCCAAGAGACACCCAGCCCCCAGAAGAGGGGCAGAAGCCUUGACAAUUUCAGGGGGGUGGAAUUUGCUGUACCCCAACCUGUCCUGGGGAACAGGAAUAAGGCAGGCAGGGGCUGGGCUACUGCCAGGCAAGGGGAAGCCCCCAGGAAAAGUGAGAGUGCUUCCCCCAACGUUUUCCCUUUUCCUGGUGUUUCUGUCAAGCCUGGAACUGCAUCUGGCUCCCAGGCCCAGCACAGGCAUGAUGGGAGGCAGCCAAUGUGGCCAUGGGCUGCCAGCCCCAGAAAGCCCCAUGCCACUCUUCUAUUCUGCAGGACAACAAGCAGUCGCAGUUAUUGAUGCUGGUGGGGAACAAAAUGAACCUGCAGCCUGGCCUGGCAGAGGGGUCCACACAGACCACAGGCAGCUGGCCGUGGUGAGCAGCAGCUCCUCAGGGCCCCCGGGGUAACCAGGGCCCCACUGACAUCCACUACCAGCCCCAGGGCUGCCUGUUCAGCGCCAAGGACAGCCACCAAAGCGGUGGAUGCGGUGCUGCAUCUCGCUGGGCGAGGAACCCAGGCUGGCGCGGGACCCGUCCCCGUGCUGCCGCCAUCGUUCUGCCCCUGCAGGGAGGUGAAAAGGCCGAUCGGCACCGGCAUUAGCACCGGGCUGGACCUCAUUGCCAGGCGAGCGGCUCCGCGGGGCUGCCGGACGGGCCGCUCCAGCUGGGCCCGCCCCGGCCGUGCCGCAGCGCGGCUCUCCCCCGGUGCGCAGGCCCGGCCGCCAUCUCUCCACCGCCGCCCUCCGACCGGCCCCGGGCCCUGCCUGCGCCCCGGCCCGCUCCGGCGCCGUGCCCUCCAGCUUCGUUCCUCGAGGCUCCCAGCUCUCCCACCCGCCCCGGGGUGGUCAGCCCUUAUCCCCCGCGCCGAUCCCCGGGUGCGGCCCCAAGGACCGCCCAGGCCCGAUCCCACCUUUGUUCCUCACCGUCAAGAUGCCGCCGCUUGACUCUGUCACGGCCGCGCUCGGUCCUUCUCUCCGCGGACGCGAUUACUCCGCCAGCAGUACCCGUGCUCGCCCACCCCCCGCCCGGCGCACGGACGAGCAGACGCAGCGUGCAGGGCUCCACAGCUACUUUAAUAAGGGACGGCGCCGCAGGGCGCGGGGCGAUGCCGGGGGUCCCGGCGGGACCCGGCCGGGGGCGGCGCAGGGCAUCCUGCCGGCGGGACCGGCCCUGGGGCGGCAGCCCGGCGCGGCCACCCGCUACUUGUUGCCCUCCUUCUUCUCGUCGGCCUUCUUCUGCUUCUG